ACAUCCGGGGAAAAACAACAACAACAACAACAACAACAACAAAACAUUUCAAUGUCAAGUUUCAGUACGAUUUAAAAGAAAAACAACAUAAUGUAAAAGUUACUUACAAUCAAAAAUUAUUUAAUUAUGAUUUAGCUGUUGUUUAACUGGUUCCGAGAAUGAAAACUUCUAACUUGUUAUAGUAAUCGGACAUCUCAUUUCGGGUAUCUAAUUAUCUGCAUUACAUCACCUGCUCCAGGUAUGGACAACAAGAUAGCACAGGCAAAUGUAUUGAUUAUACGGAGUAUCUUCUCUCCUUAUUAGACCUUCCUGCUACUAAAUAAAUUGAGAUUUCCUCUGCCAGUACGACUGUUAAACCUGAUGUCGUCAUAGCAUAAUUGCAUCUGAUUAGUAGAUGGCCCCUAUUGUGUUCUUGGUCAGAAGUCACAGGCCCGUAAAGCUGAAAAAGGUUUUUUGAUCAACAAAUGGAAAACACUAGGAGCCUACAGCUGCCAGCCAUCGUAGGAUGAUUGCCUGUGGUCAGUAAAUGAUCCCUAAUACUUCUGGUUGGGAAUUUCUCCAGUAAAGUCGUCUCCAAAUGAAGUCUCCAUACUCGGACUUUUAUAACUAUCCGAGAGAUAUGAUGUUCAAGCCAAAGAGGAAAGGUUGCCGACUGACCAAGAUAAACAUUCUGGUUGUCUCCGUGCUAGGUGUAGGCUUACUGAUAACAAUAUUGAACAUUUACCAGCUGCGACAGUUGAAAGAAGAACAUCUUUAUCAUACGAAGGAUCACCUUUACUCAGAGGUUGAAGGUAGUGCUGGAAAGGCUACCAAGAAUUCACCUGUGGUUUGGAUCUCUGGGAAACAUUUGGAGAAUGGCUACCUGGAUCAUGUGAAAGCCGUGUUUGAGCGGUUAGGUUUUUUUGUGACGAAUGGAGACGAAGAGUGGGAUGUAUUGUGGGUCCAUGACUAUCCUUUUAUUAAAAUGGCAAAACUUAUGACACGACUAAAACCACAUCAAAGGGUAAAUCAUUUCCCAGGUUCCGGAUAUAUAACAAACAAGGGCAGUUUAGCUACCUUACAGCUAGAUGCCUUCCCUAAAGCUUUCAGAGUACCAAAGGAUAAAGAAAAACUUCUGCAAUAUGCCAAGGAACAUCCAGAGACCAAUUGGGUACAGAAGAAUAAUAACCAUAGAGGAAUUAAAAUUAAACAGAUUGGAGAGCUAGACUUUGAAUCAGAAGGCUCUUUUGUUCAAGAGUUUGUCGCAAAACCAUUACUUAUAGAUGAGAGGAAAUUUGAUAUUGGAGUGUAUACCAUUCUGACGUCAUUGAAUCCGCUGAGAGUUUAUAUAGUGAAUGAUGAAUCACUUUUCAGGUUUUGUUCAAAGAAUUACUAUCCAUUUGAUAUGAGUGAUGUAAACAAGUAUGUUGUAAAUGAUAAUUACACACCUAUGUGGGAGAUGCCUUCAUUAAAAGAUCUGUAUGCGAAUCAGAAAUACAGCUUUCAGGAAUCCUUCAACAGAUACAUGAUCAAUAAAGGAAAAAAUGUAACUAAGAUAUGGGCAGAUAUAUAUGACACAAUAAGGGCUGUAUACAUGAAGAAACAACCAACAUUAAUGUCUUCAGGGGCAAAGUAUAAAACUACAAAGAAUUUCUUUGAGAUGGUGAGGUUUGAUUUUGUGUUAGAUGAGCAGCUGAAAGUUUACCUCAUGGAGGUAAAUAUGUCACCUAACUUGGCAACAGGGCAUUUUAGAGGUAACAGAAGGCUGUAUGAACAUGUUGUAUACAAUGUUCUGCGAGUGUCAGGAGUAGCUUCCAUGGUGGAGAACCAUUUCCAUACAAGCAACAAGAAUCUAGAUGAGAUGUUGGCCUCGGACCGGGAAACAGCUGUAUUUUCAGACUGGUGUACACUCCCAGAAUGUUAUGGUCAUUGUGAAAAUCAAAAGUGUUCUUUAUGUAGCUAUUGUUUGUCUUCGGAAGAAAAACUAGACUUCAGACGUGCCUACCUGGAACAUAUUAACAGAGGCAGCUGUAAACGGUUGUUCCCUCCAGAUAUUAAACGAGAAGAAGCAUUAAGAUGGACACCAGACCAUGAUGUGUUUGAACUGACAAACUACAAUCAUAAAACUAGAACUAUGUAUAUGUGGUUUAUUGGAAUGUGUAGGAAAGAUCUGACAUUCUGUAGCUAAUAAGGGAGACAAGUUUGAUAGUGCUAAAACUGACACUGAUCAAGGGAGACAACUUUGCGAGUGCUAAAACUUACACUGAUCAAGGGAGACAACUUAGUGAGUGCUAUACUGACAUUGUAAGAUUCGGAGACAAGUCAAAGAUUGGAGGCAACAACCAAUCCUUGUGGCAAUAACAGAAUUAAGUGCAAUACAACUGGACUGACUUUGUGGAUUUAUUGCCACUUUUCAUGCUCUGCCAGUGAUGUUUUGAACCAACUAUAUUUCAUGGGAACAAAGUUUCAGAAAAGUGGUAAAAAAGUAUUACAAUUGUGGAAUCAAAGUGUGCAUAUUUGUAUGUGAAAGUGGCCUUAAAAAAAGCAUAUACAUGAUUUUGUUUCAGCAUAGUAAGUUAUUCUAGAAAAAAACACUCAAUAUAUGUGCUUAUGUAUUGCUUGACUGCAAAGCGAGGCAACAUAAAAUUAUGUACACAAGUCUGUGUAAGGGUAAAAAUGAUUUUAUUGUACUCCUUAAACAGAUGUUUAAGUUACAUUUCUACAUUCCAGUUAAUACUUGAUAUUAAAUUAAUAGUUCAAACUCCUGUAUUCAAGACAAAACAGUGGACACAAAAUAUUAAAACACUUGAGACUAUUUACACAAAAUUUAACUGUCUAAGUUAUGUUUUAAUGAAUUAUAAUGUAUUUUUUACCUUUUAAAGGUGUUUGGAAUUCUUUAAACUAUAUUUAUUACAAUUCAUGUCAUUAGAGCAUUUUAUUUUUUUGCCCUUCAGAAGAGCAUCGAGCUUUUUAUACUGUGUGAAAUUACAGUUUUAGGACCUAACCCCAUAUUUUUUAACUCUCAAAGGAGAAUGUAAAUAUUUAUACUGUUUUACAAAAAGCAUUUUGGAUGAAUAUUGUAUAAUAAUAACCUGUUUAUAUACAAAACUGAUUUUAUGAACUUCAGCAAUACAAUAAUGACAUGAAGUUAACAUAAUGUAUUAUCUCUACAAAAUUAUAUUUGAUUUUAAUAUAUUUUGCUAUAAACCCAGUCCUUCUAAUUUCUUUUACCCAUAUUUUAACAUUAUAUUCAAUAUAUGCUUUUAUUAUUGAAUUUAUUAUUGAAUUUAUUAUUGUAAGCAUUAUACAUUUUGUCUAUUAAUAUUUUUAGCAGAAGUGAAGGCUUUAUUUAGUAUUAUGCAGUUUGUAUAUUCCCUGCAGUGAGCUCUCACAUGAUAAUAUAUCAUUCCUCCCAUUUCUUACUUUGUCAUUUUUCAAGCAUUAUAUUAUUUUAUCCUGAGUAUUAUAUUGUUUAGUCAAAAAAGACACAAAUAAAAUGAUACAAAAUUUAAUAUAUCAUAUUUUGGAUGAUAAAAAGAAGAAAGGCUUAAACAUCAUAACCUGAAUUGUUUGUUGUUUGAUUUUUAUUAUAUAUUUCACAUAUAACAUACCCCAAAUGGUAUGAGAACUUAGGAAUUUUAAUUUGAAUUUGACAUACAUGGAUAACACACUUGUGAAACUUAUGUUAGAAGCAUUAAAACCUGUAUAUUUUUAGCUUCCCUGAGUACAAAGUGCUAGGGAUGAGCUAUUGUGAUUAUUCAGCAUCCAGCAUUUGUCCAUCCUUCCAUUCACACUUUUCAUCAAACAACAUUUCCUCUGAAACCGUGCGGGGGAAGUUGAUUAAAGUUGGCCUGGUUGUUCCUUGGGUGGUCUUCUUCCAAAACUGUUUGAGCUGUUUCUCUUGGUUGCACAUAGGGGCUGCCAGAGCUAAAAAUAGAAAAAUCUUCAAACAUCUCCUUAAUCGCUUGUCCCAUUUUGAAAUUAUUUCAUGUAACCCUUAACCUGCUGGCAUGAUUUUCAAAUGAUUUGGCACAAACAGUCCUUGUUUGAUCCUCUACAAAGAUUGUUCAAAUCUAUUCUGUUUCGUCAAAGAAACAUGGCCGCCAGGGGGUGUGGUCACUUUUCCCUAUAUGUAUGUAAAUUCUUCUUGUUUGAUGUUGUCUCUUAGUAUCCUAUGUCAUCAUUCCCCCAGUCUCUUACCCAGAAAACACUGGCACUACUUCAAAAUGAUUUCACAGACAUUUUCCUUGCAUAACCAUCUACCAAACUGUUCAAGCAAGUGGUAUUACUCAGGUGAGAGGCUUAGCGCCAUCAUGACUCAAGGGUCUAUGUAGCUACACUGUUGAUUCAUCAGACAAUUUGUAGCAAAAAGUUCCUACACAAGUAUUGAAAUCUCAACUUCUAUUAUAAAAUAAUGAAUCUCAUUUCUUAAGUGAGAUUAUGCUGAUAAUUUUGUUUAGUACCUCAUGCAAAUAUAUCACCUCAUGCA